UUUUUUUAAAAAAAACCGAUUGGGGCCAUUGAAUGAGCUCUGCCAUUUAAACAUGGAAUGGAAGGCUGCAAACUUCACAGGCAGCUCGAAUUUCCAUUAACACUUAGCAUUCAAUUCCCACAUUUAAUGCAACCAUCAAUCUACUGAAGCACAAACCCCACAAAAUUACAAAAAUUACAAUCAAUACAGUGAUACACCUUUCUUUAUUUCCCCUUUGUUAUGCAACAAGUAUAUUUUGAAUAAAAAGACAGCAAAUAUAGUGAAGAACACCAAAAAGAUGUAAUCUCCCACAUGUCAUCUUUCAUUAUUAACCUACCCAGAACAUUAUUAUAAACUUAAAUUAACUGAAACAAAAGAAAUACUUCCCACCUUCAGCAUGGGCAUGGCAUCUUCCACUUCUAUUUAGUAGAAAUCUUUCUUCCCAUCUCUUUUUGUCUUUGACCAAUCUUUAUUUCCCUUAAUUUAUGGUGUGCUUUGGUGGGUUUAUCUUCAUUUAGCUAACAAUUUAAGAAAAAAGAAGAAAGAAGAAAGAAGGGAACUUUUUUUUUGUUGAGUGAAAGGUGUUUGAUUAAUUGUCUAAGAGAACUUGAGAUGAAGGUUGUUGGGUUUUGCAUGGUUUUAUGGAUUGUUGGAGUUCUCCUUUUGUCGUUCAACUGCUUUGGCGGUGUAAUUGGAGUGGAUCGAUCCACACUAGUUUCUGUUUUACAGGCAGGAUCAUUGUUGAUGGCAGUAAAAUGAACACAAGGGCAACAAGUAGGAAUCUCAAGGAAAACAGAGAUGAUUCCAACUUUGAUGAGGGAAGUUGUAAUGGUGAUGUGAGCUUGGAAGACUAUCGCCCUUUUGAUCCCAGCCCAAGUUCAAAGGCUUCUAUAAGACCUGGACCCAUCGAGCACGGCACUCCUAUCAUACCUUACAUUCCAAACCCAAAGCCUGCACCUCCUCGUCCCUCUAACCAUGAUGGUUCACCUUAAUUUUUUUAGAUCAGUAUCUUAGCAUCUGUUCUUUAGGAAAGGUAAAUAACCACGGUGUUUUCUGACGGAUUUACGCUUGCAUUUUGGUCGAGAAUGUACAUUGUCCAAUGUAUAUUUUCUGUAUGUGCAACCUCUAUUGCAGAAUAUUGUUCUGUACACUACCCCAUUGCUAAUUGACUAGUUGUGGUUCAGCUAGCUGUAUCUUGUAUGUUUAAGAUGCAUUAUCAUGUAUAUAUAAUAUGCUUUUAAGAUUUGGCUUCAA